GCGUUCCCUGUUUAUUCGUUCAGUAAGUAUUUGUUCAAUUUCCGAUGCCCCUCAUUCUUCGGAAAAGCAAUUCGGGCCUCACUUUGCCCGAACUGUGUCCUCGCCUUGUUAAUGACACAAAUAUGCCGGGGAAGACGAAUCUCGGCCACUAUUUAGCAAAUACCGCGUGAGAUUUACCAAAUGCCGUCCCUCCGAGUCCCUAGCAUCUGCCGGGAACACAAGGCCAUCUCCCUUCCCUCCAUCAUUCACUGCCACCCAAGAAAGCGUUAAUGGCAAAUAGCGACCACGGCCAAGCUCUGCUGUUCUUGCCUCCGAGCCAGCAUUAUGCCAAGUUCCUCCACACCGCGAGGCGCCACCCUCUCCCCAAGCCAGCAGGAGGGGCGUCAGGCCGCGGCCCGGACCCCGGGCCAAGGGCCGGGAGAGAUCUGAGCGUCCGGGCCUCAAACACCUCCGGGCUGGAGGUGGAUCGAGAAUCAAGUCCGGGCGUGGCGGCCUAGGGUGUCUCAGCCGAAUUCUUCCAUGCAGCCGGGAGGCUGGGUGUCCGAACCGCGUAGCGGAACUACAACUCCCAGGACCACAGCUGACCGGACUUCCGGAAGCCAAAGCCCGGCGGGGAGGAAGCUGCUGAGAUCCGGACAAGAGGCCGGGGGUUAAUUUAGCAAGAAAAACGGGGGGCGGGAAGAGCUAUAGUGCUAACCUGUCAAUUCGCUACCAUGAACGUGGUUUUUGCUGUGAAGCAGUACAUUUCCAAAAUGAUAGAGGACAGCGGACCGGGCAUGAAAGUACUUCUCAUGGAUAAAGAGACGACCGGCAUAGUGAGUAUGGUAUACACACAAUCGGAAAUUCUCCAGAAGGAAGUGUACCUUUUUGAACGCAUUGAUUCUCAAAAUCGAGAGGUCAUGAAACACCUGAAAGCAAUUUGUUUUCUUCGACCUACAAAGGAGAAUGUGGAUUAUCUGAUUCAGGAGCUCCGAAGGCCCAAAUACAGUAUAUAUUUUAUUUAUUUCAGUAAUGUGAUCAGCAAGAGUGAUGUGAAGUCAUUAGCUGAAGCUGAUGAACAGGAAGUGGUGGCUGAGGUUCAGGAAUUUUAUGGUGAUUACAUUGCUGUGAAUCCACAUUUGUUUUCCCUCAAUAUUCUGGGUUGCUGCCAGGGUCGAAAUUGGGAUCCAGUCCAACUAUCCAGAGCAACUCAAGGACUGACAGCUCUCCUUUUAUCUCUGAAGAAAUGUCCCAUGAUUCGUUACCAGCUUUCAUCAGAGGCAGCAAAGAGACUUGCAGAAUGUGUUAAGCAAGUGAUAACUAAAGAAUAUGAACUGUUUGAAUUCCGGCGAACUGAGGUUCCUCCAUUGCUACUUAUUUUAGAUCGCUGCGAUGAUGCCAUCACACCAUUGCUAAACCAGUGGACAUAUCAGGCCAUGGUCCAUGAACUACUGGGCAUAAACAACAAUCGGAUUGAUCUUUCCAGAGUGCCAGGGAUCAGUAAAGACUUGAGAGAGGUGGUCCUAUCUGCUGAAAAUGAUGAAUUCUACGCUAAUAAUAUGUACCUGAACUUUGCUGAGAUUGGUAGCAACAUAAAGAAUCUCAUGGAAGACUUUCAGAAGAAGAAACCAAAAGAACAGCAAAAACUAGAAUCAAUAGCAGACAUGAAGGCCUUUGUUGAGAAUUACCCACAAUUCAAGAAGAUGUCUGGGACUGUAUCAAAGCAUGUGACAGUGGUUGGAGAGCUGUCUCGGUUGGUCAGUGAGCGGAAUCUGCUGGAGGUUUCGGAGGUUGAGCAAGAACUCGCCUGUCAAAAUGACCAUUCUAGUGCUCUCCAGAAUGUAAAGAGGCUCCUGCAGAACCCCAAAGUGACAGAGUUUGAUGCUGCGCGCCUGGUGAUGCUUUAUGCUCUGCAUUAUGAGCGACACAGCAGCAAUAGCCUACCAGGAUUAAUGAUGGACCUUAGGAAUAAAGGUGUUUCUGAGAAGUAUCGAAAGCUUGUGUCUACAGUUGUUGAAUAUGGUGGUAAACGGAUCAGAGGAAGUGACCUCUUCAGCCCCAAAGAUGCUGUGGCUAUUACCAAACAGUUCCUCAAAGGAUUGAAGGGAGUAGAAAAUGUAUAUACUCAGCAUCAGCCUUUCUUACAUGAGACCCUGGACCAUCUCAUCAAAGGAAAGCUCAAGGAAAACCUGUAUCCUUAUCUAGGCCCCAGCACACUCAGAGACAGGAGGAAAAACAUCACAAACAGAGGGAACACCAGAACAAAGUCCUUGAGGAAAGACAACUUGGCAAGUUCGUGGAACAGAAAGAAGUCCAGUGUGGUUGGAGCAUAACAAGUAAGAAAAUAAGAAGUUGAGAAGAUAAGUAGGGCUGGAUCACAUAGGGUCUUAUAGGUGCUGGUAAAGAGGUUUUUUAAAUGUUUAAAUGUCAUAGGAACCCACCGAAGAGCUUUAAUCAUUCAAGUGACAUAAACUGAAUUAUGUAUUAAGAGAUCACCUUGUGGGGAGAAUGGAUUAUUGAAGACAAAGUUAGAAGCAGAAAGACUACUUAGGAGGUGGCUGCAAUAGUCCAGGUAAGAAAUGAAAGUGCUUUGGAUAAGGAACCUAGGAGAGAAGGUAGAAUCAAUAGACUUAAUGGAGUAGAGUAAUGGGACAAGGGUAAGGGAGACACCAAGAAUAACUCUCAGGUUUUGGGGGGAAAUCAAGAGUUUUAUUGUUAAAUUGCAGAUGCCUGGUAGAUAAUCAAAUGGAAAUGUUCGAUGCUAAAUUGGGAGUCAACAAGAUUUUGGUGAUUUAAAGCCGUGGGACUAGACUAGAUCACUUAGGGGAAAAGAAGAGGAUGCAGGACUAAGCACUGAAUAGAGGAUUGGAGUCAGCAAGGGAGACUGAAGAAGAGACAGAAAGAUAGGAGGAAAACCAGAAAAACUUGGUGUCAUAAAUGUCAAGGAGUGAGUGGUUACCUGAGACCAGUCUUCUGAGACAUAAAAAAGGUGAGGACAGUGAAAAAUCCAUCAGACUAUUCCCCAGGUUCAAUGAGUUUGGAAGCCAAAUUAGAGAGGGUUACAAGAGAUAAGACAAAAUGGAGAUAACAAACAGUAUGUAACAUUUUUUAAGAAGUUUUGCUUGAAAUGGUCAGAGAAUGGGAUUGUAGCUAGAAGAGAUUGUAAGCUCGGGGGAAUGAGAGAUUCUAGAGCAUACUUAUAACCUGAUGAGAAUUAUCCUAAAGAAGGAGAAAUAGGUAAUGCAGAAGAGAAAGGGCAAGAGUUGCAGAAGUGAAGUCUUUAGGAGAUCUAGAACACAAGCAGAGAAGAUUUUGAUAGGAGCAGAGGUACUUCUUUCACUGUAACAGCUUUUUUUGUUGUUAAUUUAUUUAUUUUUGGCUGCAUUGGGUCUUCACUACUGCACGUGGGCUUUCUCUAGUUGCGGUGAGCAGGGGCUACUCUUUGUUGCAGUGCACGGGCUUCUCAAUUGCGGUGGCUUCUCUUGUUGCUGAGCACAGGCUCUAGGCGCACGGGCUUCAGUAGUUGUGGCAUAUGGGCUCAGUAGUUGUAGCUGAGGGGCUCUAGAGCAUAGGCUCGGUAGUUGUGGCGCACAGGCUUAGUUGUUCCGCAGCAUGUGGGAUCUUCCUGGACCAGGGUUCGAACCCACGUCCCCUGCAUUGGCAGGCGGAUGCUUAACCACUGGGCCACCAGGGAAGCCCCACUGUAACAGCUUUGAUGUUGAGAACAUGGGAGCCAUCUUGUUUGAUUACUUCUGUUUUCUCAGUAAAAUAUAAUGUCAAGUUAUCAGGUAAAGUACAGGAUAAAAAGAGAAAACAUUGUGAAAUUGUUAUCUUGUAGGCUUGUAAUCAGAUUUACUAGGGAAAUGUAGUAGGACUUCUAGGCAUGACUGAGUGCCCACUGGAGUUCUGUGGUCAUUAAUUUAAAAUACAGCCCAUGAACCUAGUUGUGUGGUUUUCUCUAGCAACUUUUAGCUGCACUAGAUUAAAUGAGGAGAAGGCUGAUAGCUGGGUCCAACCAGGAUUUUAGGAAACAAAAAAAGAAGGAGGGUAUUGGAUAGUGAAAAAAAUAUUGUUGAAUGAAUUGGAGGUAUUGAUGAGGUCAAAGAAAUAUUACAGUAGGGGCAUUAGCAUAAGUGAAUUAAAAGUUGAGGGGGUGGUUAUUAGAGAAAGAGGUCUUCAAGAUUUCAUAUUGUGGAUACUUGUAAUGCAGAAGUUUAUGUUAUAAUCAUGGAUGUUGGUGGCUGUGAGGGAUGAAAGAACGAAUCAGUGUGGGUGAGGAGACCAGGAUGUGAGAUGAAUAAUCCACAUUGGUGUUAAAGUCACUGAAAAUCUUGAAAGGAGCAGGAAUGAAAAGGAGGACAGUAAACCAGAGCUGAAGUCUUCAGGGAAUAAGAAAGUGACCAGGAAAGGAGGUCAGGAGAAAACAGUACAACUAUAUCAUAAGCUUCUAAGAUAGUGGAAAUUUUGAAGAAGGCAGAGAAAUGGUUAUGAAACCAUAGUAGGGGGCACAGAGGAUACCUAUGCCACUUCCUGGCCCUGUUUAACAGAAAGAAGACCACAGAGGACUUGAAAAGACCUACUAAACAAUUCACUUCUUAGUUUGCCAUGUAGAUAUACGGGCACAAGUACACAAAGACAUGUACACAAGGAUAUUUACCAAAACAUUAUUUGUAAUGGUAAAAAAACAAAAAAGCUAAAUAUUUGUCAAUAGAGAACUGGUUACCUAGAUUACAAUACAUUACUGUGCAUUCUUCUUUAGAAAUGGCAUAACUCU